AUGGCAAAAGCAGCAGGGAAACGGAACUCUGAAACCACCCCACCAACAGCGCGGCGCAAGCAACGAAAGCUAUCGCCGUCAGCUGAAUCCUCGAUGCAAGAAGACCCCGGCGAUGAAUCCAGCGAUGAGCUUUCCGCCGAUACCCACCGCUACGUCAAGAAGAAGGCGGGUGGCAAAAUUCGGCAUUCUGAGCAGCCGGCUACUAGAGCGGAUGAGUAUGCGGAGGAUGAUGGACGGAUUGGGGCACAGGGGAUGGGUAGACAGUUCUUGGCGCUGGUGCAGUUUGAGAGUAGGACGAAGAGAAUGGAUAAGAAGGCUGCGGGCACGUUCUUAGAGGGCUAUACGCAGCGAUUAGAGGGUGAAGAACGGACUUUGAAAGGGCGAUCCGUGGAGUUGGGGAAGGUGGCUUCGGAACAAGACGCGGAUUUCAUCGAUGGGUUCACAGAGGCAUUUAAGAUCUCGCGACCAAUUGGCACGCCAAUCGACGAGGAGAAUGGGGAUAGUGGGUUUACGGCGCUGUAUAAGAAGAGUCGGAAGCUUACUCAGGAUGCGAGGGGGGUGUUGGAGGUGUUUGUGAGGAUUGCGAGAUUAACUGAGGAGGUUGAGAGAGAGGGCUUGGGGGAUGUUCGAUGGGGCGAGGAAGAUGAGGAGCUGGUGAAGGUGCUUGAUGCUGGACGUGUAGUUGGGAUUCAGAAGCUGAAGAGCCUUGUGGGCUCGUCGCAGCUGGGAGCGGUUGAUAAGGACACGGCUCGUUUGGCGGAAGUGAUCUAUAGGGAGGAGGAGGAUGUGUUGCUUUCUAGUGUCAUAUUAAGCGAGGCCCCACCUCGAUUCGCACACAGAAAUCCUCAAAAUUUCCUCGACGACUUCAAAUUAAGGACCCGACCCCAACGACAACAACCGACAUCCCUCCUCUCAAUCAAGAUGGGUGCCCUUAAAUACGUCGAAGAGUUGCAGAAGAAGAAGCAGUCCGAUGUGCUGCGCUUCCUUCUCCGUGUGCGCUGCUGGGAGCUCCGACAAUUGAAUGUCAUCCACCGCGCCUCCCGCCCGUCGCGCCCUGAUAAGGCUCGUCGUCUGGGUUACAAGGCCAAGCAGGGCUAUGUCAUCUACCGUGUCCGUGUCCGCCGUGGAGGCCGCAAGAAGCCUGUGUCGAAGGGUGCUACAUUCGGCAAGCCCACCAACCAGGGUGUCAACCAACUGAAGUACCAGCGAUCCCUCAAGUCGACUGCCGAGGAGCGUGUCGGUCGUCGUUGUGCCAAUUUGCGUGUCCUGAACUCCUACUGGAUCAACCAGGACUCCACCUACAAAUACUACGAGAUCAUCCUGGUCGAUCCUCAACACAAGGCCAUCCGCCGCGAUCCCCGUAUCAACUGGAUCGUGAAGCCCGUCCACAAGCACCGCGAGUCCAGAGGUCUUACCGCCACUGGCAAGAAGUCCCGUGGUUUGGGCAAGGGUCAUGGUUUCCACCACACAACUGCUGGCCGGAGAAAGACCUGGAAGAGACACAACACGCUCAACCUCCAGAGAUACAGAUAG